ACGCGUCGAUGCUGCUGGGCGCACGACGGUACUGGCGAGCAAAUAAUAAUAUUAUGUCGACAGGCGACCGUCGGUGGGGAGUGCGUGCGUACGACUACUGGCGCGACUACCAGACAGACAUCCGGUCCGAAUACCCGUGGAGACAACCCCGACGAUCUCGAUCUCCCCGCUCUCCCGAGCCAGCGCCACGGUCACCACCACCACCACCACCACCACCACUGCCAGCUAAGCCAGAGUCAUCGUCCCGCCGGCAGACAGGACCGGAUGCCGCGUAUCUCGCACUCGCCACCCAGCCAUCCCUGCCCGAUGCCAGCUCACGUAAGCUGCUCGUCCUGGACCUCAACGGGACCCUUCUCCUCCGCGGCCCCCGCUCUCAGCAACGCCCCUCCCGCUUCGGACCAAAGACGCCGCGUGUCCGUAGUGUGUACCCCCGUCCUUACAUCCCCGCGUUUUGCGAGUAUCUGUUUACACCGGAGACGCGGGAGUGGCUGGACACGAUGGUCUGGUCAUCCGCACAACCACACAGCGUGCAGGACAUGGUCGACCGCGUCUUCGGUGACGACUCAGAUGGCCUCGUGGCUGUCUGGGAUCGCAAGAGUCUCGGGCUGUCAUCCACAGAGUAUCAUCAGAAGACAGUCACCACAAAAGACUUGUCCAAGCCCUGGAAGUUCCUCCCCCUCGGAGUCAGCCCUGCAGAACUGGACUCCACACACGACGCCGAGCUGGAAUCAAGUUCUACCCUUCACUCAGCACUAACCACCCUCCUACUCGACGACUCACCACACAAGGCAAUGCUACAGCCUUACAACCAUGUCUGCAUACCCGAAUACGACAGUACCAGGAGGAAACUCGACCUCGAUUCUCUCGCUGCCACGGCAGAGUCACGGUCACAAGAUUAUGGAGAGGGGAGUGAAGAGCCAAGUGUAACUUUGUUGGGUGCCGCUCAGGCGGAUACGGAGCCAUUUGACGCGACUCUUCUCGCCGUGGUAGGUGUUUUGGACGAGAUAAAACGUCAAAGCAACGUCGCGGGGUGGAUCCGUGCAGGAGGACUGUGGGGCAAAGGCGGCAGUUCCCAUGCCACUACUAGUCCUUCUGCCGCGUCCCUCCUCUCUCAUCAUGGUGUAUCCAACCAAUUGGAAUCAUCAUCAGACGGGCAGCCGCCUGAAUCGGCGAGACGCAGGGGUGAGAAGCGACAGCGACAGCACCCACAGACAGUUGCUACCCGUCAGGAACAGACAAACGUUGCUCAUAGGGACACCGCGGGGAACGAUGCGUCUGAGCUAGUCUCCGCGGCUGCCUUGGAGAAGGAACCCGUGCCUUGUAAUUCGUUAUGGUUCCAAGAUCCACCCACAGUCGCUUACUGGGUCGCAAGAGGGCGGAGGGCAUUGGAUGAGCUCGGGAUUGCGAACGAGCAUGGCCUAAGUCCGUGAAGUUCAUACCUAGCACACAGUCUAUUAUCACGCAUACUAAACGCUUCAUGUGGAAUGCAUUUCUGUCUGUGUACAAUCGAGAUGACAAGUUCGUGUCUGAGUGCAUAUAAUAUCAUCCAAG